AUGAUUGUUGGAGAGCAAGCUACUGCCACCGAGUCUUCUGAGGCUGAGAUCCCCAGUACUAGUGAGCCAGCUCCUCAGAGAUCUUCAAUCUCCAACACACAGGUUGGAGAGCAAGCUACUGCCACAGAGUCUUCUGAGGCUGAGAUCCCCAGUACGAGUGAGCCAGCUCCUCAGAGAUCUUCAAUCUCCAACACACAGGUUGGAGAGCAAGCUACUGCCACCGAGUCUUCUGAGGCUGAGAUCCCCAGUACUAGUGAGCCAGCUCCUCAGAGAUCUUCAAUCUCCAACACACAGGUUGGAGAGCAAGCUACUGCCACCGAGUCUUCUGAGGCUGAGAUCCCCAGUACGAGUGAGCCAGCUCCUCAGAGAUCUUCAAUCUCCAACACACAGGUUGGAGAGCAAGCUACUGCCACCGAGUCUUCUGAGGCUGAGAUCCCCAGUACUAGUGAGCCAGCUCCUCAGAGAUCUUCAAUCUCCAACACACAGGUUGGAGAGCAAGCUACUGCCACAGAGUCUUCUGAGGCUGAGAUCCCCAGUACGAGUGAGCCAGCUCCUCAGAGAUCUUCAAUCUCCAACACACAGGUUGGAGAGCAAGCUACUGCCACCGAGUCUUCUGAGGCUGAGAUCCCCAGUACUAGUGAGCCAGCUCCUCAGAGAUCUUCAAUCUCCAACACACAGGUUGGAGAGCAAGCUACUGCCACAGAGUCUUCUGAGGCUGAGAUCCCCAGUACGAGUGAGCCAGCUCCUCAGAGAUCUUCAAUCUCCAACACACAGGUUGGAGAGCAAGCUACUGCCACCGAGUCUUCUGAGGCUGAGAUCCCCAGUACUAGUGAGCCAGCUCCUCAGAGAUCUUCAAUCUCCAACACACAGGUUGGAGAGCAAGCUACUGCCACCGAGUCUUCUGAGGCUGAGAUCCCCAGUACGAGUGAGCCAGCUCCUCAGAGAUCUUCAAUCUCCAACACACAGAGGGUCAAGUCACAUCCACUCAGAUGGAGGAGAAUAAAACAACAAUGAGAGAUGGGAGCAAUACAGAUGAAGCAUUGCAACAGGGCCCCAUGACACCUCCACCAGCCGUUCAACCACAGACCCAGAGAAGGCAAAAAGGUCAACUUUUUAGACCAUACUUUGUUACUGAAUGCUCUUCCAUGGUUGAUGUAAUGUUUCAUGGUUCUACACUGACAUCUUUUAGAUCUGCUUGUGUAUAAUGUCAACUCUUUUGAAUAUAUAACAUUACAUUUUGCAUCCUCUUAUUUGCUCUCUCGCAUUUUCAGUUACUGGUGUAAUAUUGAAAGCAAUUUUUCUUUGUUUCAAUCCAAUGUAAAAGGGUUAUUUUAAACGCAUUAGAAAAUGUAUACCUAGUUUAGCACCAGGCUUAUGCAGUUAGUUUUGGUGCGUUUAUUUGUGAGGUUUUGAGAUAUUCUCCUCUGAAACUUUCGCAAAAAAAGCUUCCGUCCACACGCAAUAGACACCGGAUAGUGUCUUG